CUAGUAAAUUCAGAAGAUGUUUUAACUCCCACUAGAAUAUUCGUCACUUUGUCACUCGUCGAACAGCUUAGAGCUGCUCUCUUUGAAAUGCCAGAUGCUGUAUCCCAAUAUAUACAAGCUGUAUCAUCAAUAGAGCGAUUGCGAAACUUUUUUAUUGCUAACCAACAAGAUUCUCAAGUAGUUGGAAACAACACAAGAGAAGGUGAGAUGCUUGCUCUUUCCAAAGCUAGUUUAUCUUGGUCACCAGAGGCUGAACCCACACUAGAAAAUGUUGACCUCAGUGUUUCAGCUGGCAAACUUAUCGCAAUUACAGGACCCGUAGGAUCAGGAAAGUCUUCCCUGCUUUCAGCUAUUUUGGGAGAGUUGUACAAAACUGCAGGAACUAUUGAUUUAAAGGGCAGUAUUGCAUAUGUUCCGCAGCAAGCGUGGAUACAAAAUAGAAGUUUAAAACACAAUAUUUUGUUUUUAAAACCAAUGAAAGAAGAGUUCUAUAACAAAGUUCUAGACUGCUGCUGCUUAAGACCAGAUCUUGAUAUUUUGCCUGCUGGUGAUGAAACUGAGAUCGGUGAAAAGGGAAUAAAUUUAAGUGGUGGUCAAAAGCAACGAGUGAGCUUGGCUCGAGCAGUGUAUCAAAACAAGGACAUUUACAUCCUAGACGAUCCACUGAGUGCUGUUGAUGUUCACGUGAGAAAAGCACUUUUUGAUGAUGUCAUAGGCAGUAAAGGACUGUUGCAGAACAAGACUAGAAUCCUGGUAACACAUGACAUAUCUGUACUUCCUGGCGUCGAUUUGAUUGUGACCAUAAAAGAUGGAAAGAUUGUAGAAACCGGGACAUAUUCUGAGCUUAUGAAAAAUGAAGGAGCUUUUUCAGCCUUCAUCAGUGAACAUGCUAAUCCAAAUUCAGCGGUAAACACUGCUGAACAACCGAAAAAUUAUGGAAGGUCAUUAUCUCGAUUUGCUUCAACGGACUCGGAGAAAUCCAAGAAGUCGCUAGAGCGAUCAUCAAGUCAAGAUAAAAAUGUAAAAGCGUUGUUAGAAAAACAGGACAUGGCAAGACUUAUAGAAGAAGAAAAAAUGGAAACUGGUGGAGUAAAACGAGGAGUGUAUUUAAGUUACGUUCGGCACUUUAGCUUACUACUUUUCAUCCCAACAGUAUUAGGGUUUCUUUCGUAUGUUACUUUUGAGGCUGGAGCAAAUGUCUGGUUAAGCAAAUGGAAUACUGACGCAUUACAGAAUACAACAAACACUACAGCAACAACUUGGAGACUUUCAAUAUAUGCAGCUCUUUUAUGCGGGCAAGCAAUUUCGUAUACUGUCGCCAUCAUAGCUCUACUUUUUGGCUCAACAGUAGCAGCAAAGUUGUACCACAAAGAAAUGCUGAACAGUGUUUUAAGAUGCCCGAUGUCAUUUUUUGACACCACUCCAUUAGGACGCAUAAUGAACAGAUUUUCUGCUGAUAUGGACAUAGCAGAUAUGCAACUUAUUUAUGUUCUCGAAGGCUGGUUUGAUUGUUUGUUCUUCGUUACUUCUGGCUUCGUUGUCAUUGGAAUAUAUACUCCAAUAUUUUUGACUACUCUCUUACCCCUUGGUGUAUUGUAUUAUAUAUUACAGAAAUUACACUUAAGUGCAUCAAGGCAAAUCAAGAGACUAGAAUCAACAACAAGAUCUCCCUUAUAUAGCUAUUUCUUGGAAUCGAUUCAAGGAGUUUCCUCUAUCAAAGCAUACCAGGCUGAAAAAGAAUUCAUUGAAAAUUUCGAUGAGAUUUUAGAUAAACAUAUAACUUGCUACUUUAACACACUUUCUUGUAAUUCGUGGCUUCAUUUCUGCCUAGAUAUACUGGGAUGUACAAUGGUUCUAGUGGCAACAUCUCUUGCAGUAUACCAUCGCAGCUACUUGGGAGCCGCUGUUGUGGCGUUGAUGAUAACUUACGCGCUGCAUAUGAAAAACGCAACAGCAUGGAUAGUGCGAAUGAAUACAGACCUAGAAAACAAAUCUGUUUCAAUAGAGAGAAUUGACGAGUACACGCAUUUGGAAUCAGAGGCAGACUGGAGUAUUCCCGAAAAUGAACCUCCUAGCAACUGGCCUAACAAAGGCGAAAUCAUUUUUGACAAUUAUAGCACAAAGUACCGCAAAGACUUAAAUUUAGUUUUAAGGGACAUAGACUUUCGUGUCAACUCCAAUGAAAAGGUUGGAAUAGUAGGACGGACAGGCGCUGGAAAAUCAUCAGUUACUUUGGCAUUAUUCAGAAUUAUUGAACCUGUAUAUGGAGCUAUCUUUAUUGACCGGACAGAUGUUUCUAAAAUUGGAUUGCACGCUUUAAGAUCCAAUAUAAGCAUCAUCCCUCAAGACCCUGUUUUGUUCACUGGCUCUCUAAGAUUCAAUUUAGAUCCAAAUAAUGAUUACGAUGAUGAAGAAAUAUGGCGUAGUCUGGACAGCUCUAAUUUGAAAGAUUUUGUAUCUAGUUUAAACAAAGGUUUGGAACAUGAAGUAGAAGAAGGUGGACUCAAUUUAAGCGCUGGACAAAGACAGCUAUUUUGCCUUGCCAGAGCACUUUUAAAGAAAACUAAAAUUCUGGUUUUAGAUGAAGCAACCGCAGCUGUAGAUAUGGACACAGACCAAAGAAUUCAAAACACUAUUCGAACAGCUUUAGCAAAUCAUACAGUACUUACGAUUGCUCACCGAUUGAACACAGUAAUAGACUAUGACAAGUGA